GUUACUUCACCAUACCCGACUCGAGCUCUUAUCAGGAGAGUCUUCUGUAUCGCCCUAGCCGCGCACGGCUCCAUGCAUGGAAAACACGACUCUUUCCAUUUUUUCAUGUUCAUCAAGGACUCCGUCACAAUUUCCCCAGUCACAUUCAUACAGAGAAAUCUGUAGAACGAUUCUGCCUUCUACUAAAGCCCUCGUUCUUCGUCAAACACAGGUCAUAAUGGCCGGAGGAGCACCUGACGUAGGUCACCAGGCCUCGUACGCGGCCAUGCCGGGCGGCGUGCCUGGCGCCUCGCAACCCAGCGCUGCCUACUCCCAGCCCUCGGCACCUUACCCGUAUCCCCCGCCUAUGGCGCCUGGACAGUACCCGACGCCUGCCCAGCAUCCCUACCCGCCGCCCCAAGGCCAGCAGGUGCCGGGACAACUGGUGUACCCGCAGGGCUCGUACGUGCCUGGUGCAGCCCCAGGCACAAUGAUGAUGAUGGUGCCAGCGCCAGCUCAGCCUCAGGCCCUGCCUCACUACUGGCCCGGCCAGUCCAUUUCGGUGUGGUGCCCCCACUGCCAAGGGCAAGUGGACACGCGCAUCAUGUUCAAUCCGGAUGAGCGCUCGCGCCUGGGCACGUGGCUGAUUGCGGGCGGCAUCUGCUUGGUAGGCGGCAUAUUCGGCUGCUGCCUCAUCCCCUUCUGCGUCGACGGCCUCAAGGACUGCCAGCACUCGUGCCCCAAGUGCAACCGCUACUUGGGGCAGCACAAGAUGGUUUGAGGCCCUGGUGUCCGGAUGUAUGGCAGCAAGGUGAACCGCUACUUCCGGGUCAGUUGUAUGGCUUUUCUAGCUAUCUUGAUCAUCGCGAUAUGCGCUGGGGAAUGCUGCUACCAAGGCGGUCGGAAGAUGUGAGACGCCAGAACGCAGCCCAUGAUAAGCAGAAGCGGGAACGGAUGCGGUACCGUCUGUCCUGGUGUGCGCAGAGGGAGUCGUGUUUAAAUUCCAGGGCACUUCUUGGCCAGCCGCUCAUUCGACCUGGCCUAAAGGCGGACGGGACAAGACGGAACGGGAUAGUGCUGGUGGUGAAUUUUACCUGGGGAUUAUGAGUUAACACCGAAUGUCAAGCCCCAAGAGAAGUGGCAUGCGGUGGCUUAUGUCUUUGGGUGGGGAUGUCACCGUGACAGGUGGUGGGCAAAGAGCCAUCGGCGUGGUUUUGAGAUACACAGCACGCAUGCAGACAGCAAUAGAUGGCAUCAGCGCCUCACCGGCGAUGAUGACGAUGUACGCUUCCACGCUUUCAUUUGGGGCUGUGAUAGUUUUGUCAUGAGCUGACUAGCAUUGCAAAGCGUAGCAGCGACUUGAGCUUGAGUCCGCAAUUCCUGUCGGUCCUGAAAGUCCUGAUUGUGUCUAUUGAUGGCGGCUGUCGUUGACAAUGGGUGCGCUGCUAGCAUGAGGUGAGGAGCAGCAUUUAGCAUUAGAGGGGGCCAGGGGCACCGGCGGUGCAUCCCUGACUUUGCACUCUGUAGAGGAGAAGUGGCCGAGUUCAGGUGUGAGGGGGUAAACCGUGACGCCUGGUGGAAUGUGGACAGAUGGGCGGGAGGAAUGCUGGAAUGAAGAGCGUGGCGGGUCCCGGGCUUAGGCGUUAUCACCCAGCGGCCGUGGACUCGUGCUACGUAUGGAAAUGGUCGUGCGUCACUGCGUCGUCCGCGGAUGGCAGGGGUGCUGGUGGGCGGUACGCACAGCAACGAAGCGACUGCGCGGCUGCAUUGCCGCACGAGAUUUGACGCCUUGCCAACCUCCAUUGGAAGAGCGCAUGCGUCGAUGAAUUCGCAGCUAUGCUGGGAGACUGUAGCAUGGAACUGAUGUUGACUACAACCCGUGGCACCCGUGCGUCGUGUGGCAUAGUCUGAGU